UAUUCUUUUGCAAAAUAAUGCAGUUAGGCAUGCACCGAAUGGAACUUGCUAUAAGCCACACACCUGCGUUUACUAUUAGCUAUUUCUGUCUGCAUGGGAUUGAAGGUGACGUCACUCUUGAAGCUGACAUCACACAGUGGGUAGAGGAGCUGUGGCUUUCUAUAAAAGCAGUGACACCUAUGAGUCCACCCGAGGCCACAGAGCGAUGCGCGUAAACCGCGCGUCCGUUUAUUAUUUAUUUGGUAAACUCAAGCACUUAUGGACAAGAGAAGUAUAGAGAAGUAGAGAAGUAUACUUGUCAGACAUGAAUAAUUCGCUGCUGAACGUGUCAGAAGCCAACAACUCCUCUCGUGCCUUGAGUCUAGACUACCGCUCUCUCAUCACUUCGGCCAGUAUGUUUGGCGUCGGGGUCCUCGGAAACCUCGUGGCGAUCGUGGUGCUUUGCAUCUCCAAAAAGGAGCAGAAGGAGACCACCUUCUACACUCUGGUGUGCGGGAUGGCUAUCACGGACCUGCUGGGCACCUGUUUCACCAGUCCGGUGGUCAUCGCCACAUACAUCGCGGGCAGGUGGCCGGGCGGUGCGCUGCUGUGCCAUUUCUUCUCCUUCUCCAUGCUGUUCUUCGGAUCGGCCGGCAUGUCUAUUCUGUGCGCAAUGUCGGUGGAGAGGUACCUGGCCAUAAACCACGCGUACUUCUACUCGCAGCACGUGGACCGGGCUAUGGCUCGGUUAGCGCUGAUGGCGACGUACCUGGCCAAUAUCGUGCUGUGCAUCUUGCCCAGUUUUGGUUUCGGAAAGCACACGAGACACUUUCCCGGAACUUGGUGCUUCUUGGACUGGCGCGCCAUGGACUCCAUCGGCGCCUCGUACACGUUUCUGUACGGAGGGUUCAUGCUGCUGUUGAUCGCCGUUACCGUCCUGUGUAAUUUCGCCGUGUGCCGUUCACUGGUCGGGAUGAGCAAGAUGAGUCGCAUGGUGAGGGCAGAGGUACCCGGACACACAGGCUCCAAGCGCAGGUUCAGAUUAACAUCUGCAGCGGAGAUCCAGAUGUUCUGGCUGUUGAUUUUCAUGACCAUUGUGUUCCUGAUAUGCUCCAUCCCUUUAGUGGUGCGCAUCUUUGUCAACCAGCUGUACGAUCCAGCUUAUAUAUCAUCAGGCAAAAGUCCAGAUUAUCGCAGUGAUCUCUUGGCCAUUAGAUUUGCCUCCUUCAACCCUAUCCUGGAUCCAUGGGUGUAUAUUCUGUGCAGGAAAAACCUACUAACCAAAAGCUGCACACAACUGAAACGCACCAUCAGACUGAGGAAAGGGGAUCGUAGUCGUGUUUUGGGUUGGAUGGACGGUCAGCACUCGCCUCCGUCGUUUGCUCAAAGCAAUUGCACAAGUUACGCGUCAUUGCGCACGGCCAUCUGUAGAAACGACGUGGGAAAACAGAGCUGUAUGAACACUAAGUCUUACGUGGACUUAACCCUUCGCCAGGCAUGGGACUUUGAUACGGCUCUGGCUGAGUUUCAUCCCUUCAGCGUCGACCAGAACGGCGUCAUGGGGUUUGAUGAAGAUGAAGCGGCAUCAAGUCCCAAACUCCUCGCUAAGACUGUUGUGGUGCUACCGGUCGCUCAGAUAAUAGAAAAUAAGGCUGAAAUAGUAACCUGCACUUUUAGUACACCAAGUUCAUGCGUAUCAGAAAAGUGCUUGAGACAAUGACCCCGCUGCCAGUCCAGAUUAACUGAUUAAUGCACUGUGACAAAAAGAAAAAGACUUUUUCUCUUGUCUUAUUUCACAUUCACAAAUAAUUCUGUGAAUUCGCUUUAUUUAGAUCUAGAAUGAUCCAAUUUUAGGAUUAAACCAUGAGAGGAGACACUUGUACGUCUAUGUUUUGUCAGAUAACAUGUUUGUGUUUAACGUGUGGACAUGUUGCUUCCUUACCAUGCUGCAUGCUGGGUCGUACUUGACUGUGACUCGUAAAACUGUGAAUAAUUUAUUAA